AUGCCAAAAACCAAAGACAAUGUAAAUUUUUACCAAGUCGCCAUCGUUGGAGAUGGUGGAGUUGGAAAAACAUCGGUGUUGUAUGAUCCAACUAUUGAAACGAGUUUUUAUGUAAAGAGACAAUAUGAUGAUUUGAGUUUGGAAAUGGAAAUUAUUGAUACUGCCGGACAAGAUGAUUAUAAGGUAACUAUAUAUAUUGAAAUAGCACUAAGACAAUCCUACAUGCAAUCAUGUUAUGGAUUUAUUCUAGUUUUUGAUGUUUCUCGAGCAGAUGAAUCACUUCGUAGACUUCAACCAUUUAUUGAGCAAAUUAGAUCGAUAAAGAAUGAUAAAUAUAGGCCAUGUCCUACUCUAGAUAAUUUGGAUUUUCCAUGUGUAAUUGUUGGAAAUAAGUGUGAUUUGAUGAGUCAUAUUCCAGAAAAGACAAUUUCAAUGAUUGUCAAGAAUGAAUUGAAAUUAUCAUGUCCGAUUUAUUAUGUUUCGGCAAAAACUAGAAAGAAUGUUGAGGAGUGUUUUCAACAUUUGGUAAAAGUAUUGAGAACUUUUGAAACUUAUCAACCGAAUCCUGAAUGGAGAUAUCCUAAUUCUAAACAAGCAAAACCUAAAAAGUCAAUUAGAUCCAUGUUUACAUCAAUGCAUUCAAAUCAAGAUGCUGGAUUGGAUAGAUUUAAUGAUGAUUUGUAA